AUGCUUGACAUUGAAACAGCAGAUUUUAACUUCAACUACGCGAAUUAUUACAACAUUUUUUUCUUCCCCGAGAACAGUUCAAUGAAGUACCUCUCAUUUUCAAACAAUUUCUUGGGGCCUGCUUUUCAAUACGAUACGGGCAGUUUGUUUUUCGCAAACACGAAGCGACUUAUUUCCCUUGAGAUGUCGAAUAAUUUCAUCUCAGAACUGGCAUAUGAAUUCUUUAAAAAUCUUAUCAAACUUCAAGUAUUAGACAUUUCCAUAAACAAACUUCAGAUGAUAAACAUCAGCUUUGUGCAUAUGACUGAAAUAAGAGUUCUCGACUUUAGUUCGAACUCGAUAACAUCGAUAAGUAAGCAGUCUCGAGACGAACUGGAUUCCAUAGCAACCGACCAUCGCGUUUAUCUUGAUUUGACCUCUAACCCUUUACCGUGCACGUGCGAAGGCCUAGAGCUGAUG